UCAGUCCUAUCCUCUUUGUGGUAUGGAGUGGCAUACGAAAAAUAUGGCGAUAGUCCCCUCUUAAGAACAAUCGCCACCAGUGCACCCAAAACCCCCGAAAAAAAAGAAAAAUCGACAAAUGUCACAUCUAUGAUCACGUCUCCAGGGAUUAGAAAUGUCAUCUCGAAUCCGCUCCGUUGAAAUUCGUUUCGUAUGACCGAGCAGUGCCUCCAUGGAAGAGUGUGCUUUAAUCCUACAUUCAAGUGAAAAAAAAAACGAGUGAAAACAAAUAGUCAUCAGAGCCAGUAGUUGUGAAACGUCACGAAAACGCUGUCUCCCACACGUAGAGUGACACACUGAUAACAAAAAUGAACCAGGAAACUGUGUAUGGUACUCACGAGGACAGCCAUGUGGUCAUGUCGGAAAAAGUUCAGUCACUGGCGGGAAGUAUUUAUCAGGAGUUUGAACGAAUGAUAGCUAGAUAUGAUGAGGAUGUUGUGAAAGAAUUGAUGCCCCUUCUAGUCAAUGUUUUGGAGUGUCUCGAUAUCGCUUACACCGAGAAUCAGGAGCACGAGGUGGAGUUAGAGCUGUUGAGAGAGGACAACGAACAACUGGUGACUCAGUAUGAGAGGGAAAAACAACUUAGGAAAACAGCUGAUCAGAAACUCCUGGAGCUGGAGGAUGUGGCGGAGGAUGAGAGGAAGGAAUUACUGUCUAAGAUUGAUAGUUUGGAGUCAAUCCUACGAAUGCUGGAACUGAAGACCAAGAAUUCACACGAUCAUGGUACAAAUGACAAUGACACCAGUUCAUGCCCCCACAGAACACAUUUCUACAUGGUUCGUCUAGAGGAGAAAGAAGCCGAAAUGAAGCGUGAGUACUCACGUCUUCAUGACAGAUACACAGAAUUAUUCAAAACCCAUGUCGAUUACAUGGAGAGAACGAAGAUGCUGGUUGGGAGCACUGAGAGAUUAGAAAAUACAACUGGUGGUCGUGGCCCUGCACGAUUACCAGCACUUGGUCUUGCCCACAUGUCCAGGAGUUCUGGACCUCUUAGUUAUGGAUUUCAGAGUUUAGAGACUAGUAUGACUGCAGAGGAUAUUCAGGAGGAGGUGUCUGCGAAUGGAGCUAGUUUGAAGUCAGAGAUGCAGGACAAUAGUAGUGAAGCAGCACCUGAAACUUCGGAUAAGAGUCAAUUGACUGAUCAACCGGUACAGGAGAAUAAGACAACUGCUGUUACUAGACCAUUUAUAGAUGAAAGUCCUGAGACAGAAAUGCCACCUGUCGUUGUCACACCAACAACCCCAACAAUUGAUAAAUUUGGCUCAACUCCGAGUGGUCGUAGCAGAACUGAAAGAGAACAACGAAGUGGGAAUACACUUUAUCAAGAGCUCAGUUUCCAAGAUGCUGAUGCAUUAGGGGAAAUGGAUGAGGGUGCAGACAUCACCGGCAGUUGGGUUCAUCCAGGAGAAUAUGCUUCAUCGGUCAAUGACAACUUUUUCGGAAUGGGAAAGGAAGUCGAGAAUUUGAUUAUGGAAAAUAAUGAGCUGUUGGCGACGAAAAAUGCUCUAAAUAUAGUGAAGGACGACUUGAUAGUGAAAGUUGACGAAUUAACUAGUGAGCAAGAAAUCCUGCGGGAAGAAGUACGAGGAAUGCAACAAGCGAGAGACAGACUUCGCCAGAAAGUAGCAGCUCUGGAAGAGGAGCUGAAGAAAACCAAGGAAGAAGCGGAGACAGCGGCGAAAGCCACGAAGAGUGAUGACGAGGAGGAUGUGCCACUGGCCCAGAGAAAACGAUUCACCAGAGUGGAGAUGGCUAGAGUACUUAUGGAGAGGAAUCAGUACAAAGAGAGGUUUAUGGAGCUCCAGGAGGCUGUGAGAUGGACUGAGAUGAUUCGAGCCAGUAAAACAGAUCCUGCUAGUAUUUCUGGGGGGAAACAAUCUGUUUGGAAGUUUUUUAGUAAUCUUUUCACUGGACCAGCAGACCGAGGAACUAUUCCGAGGGGUCCACACACGUUACCACACAUUCGUUACAGUGCCCCAACGAAUCAAGUUGUUCCAGCACCACCGCUGGACGCAAUGCGUAGACGUACAUUGAAAAAUCGCCAUGACUUUCUGGAUCAGGGUGACACCAUAGCUUCGGAGAAACGCGUAGCACGACUUGCCAACGAGAGAAAGGAGCACUAUCGUCAAGUGAGGGCACACGUGCGUAAGGAGGAUGGCAGACUGCAAGCUUACGGCUGGAGUUUGCCUGGUAAACCAAGUGCACCAGCUAGACAACCAGUUCCAGUCCCAGUUUACUGCCGGCCACUCCAAGAGACCGAGCCAGGAAUGAAGAUUUGGUGCGGAGCUGGAGUUAAUCUAAGUGGUGGAAAGACUCGUGACGGUGGUUUAGCUGUUGGUGGAAGUGUGUUUUACGCUGAUGAAGCACAAGAAACCAUAAACGUUAAAGGUGAAGUUGAGGAUGCAGUUGAACAUUUAGACCAAGAGCUGCAGGAGAGUGAGCAGCGUCGUCUCGAGGCUGAAAAAUUGGAACAGCAACUGAGCUCCCUAGUGUGGAUUUGCACGUCAACUCAAAAAAUGUCCAAAGUGACUGUGAUAGAUGCUAAUAAUCCAGCUGAUAUAUUAGAAGUAUUCAAUGUUUGUCAGAGCCACUUGCUGUGUAUCGCGAGUGUACCUGGUGCCAAGGAGAGUGAUUACCUACAAAGUACAGACGAUUAUGCAAUACGAAUAGCGAAUGGUGCUUGUGAUAACGAUCCCAAUAACACACGUGCCAACGAGGGUCAGAUUGCCGAAGAAGUCGCGGGUGAUGGUAAAAACUGCCUAAAAAUUGGUGACUCUGAUGAUCGCAGUCAGGCGAUUUCAGAGGGGCCGAGCUCCCUUGAUGAGAAACCGAGUGAAGGCUUGGAGAGAGUCACUGACCUUAAUCAAAGCUCAAAUACAGAACCACAAAGUUUAGAAACUAUUGACAGCGAGACCGCUAAUCUGGGGAAAGUUCAUUUUGUUAAGAGUAAUUUGGAGGAGUUGUCGAAUAAGAAGAAUGAGGGGGAGGGGGAUGCGGAGAAUGAGGAAAUUGGCGAGACGAAUAUUGAGAAAAUGUCGUCUAUUCAACCAACUAUGUGGCUUGGAGCGCAGAAUGGGGCGGUUUAUGUGCACUCGGCUGUGGCUAAAUGGUCGGUGUGUUUGCAUACUGUUAAAUUGAGGGAUGCAGCAUUGUCGAUAGUUCAUGUUCAAGGACGAGUAUUAGUAGCCCUAGCUGACGGGACAGUUGCAAUAUUCCGGAGAGGAUCAGAUGGACAAUGGGACCUAUCACAGCACCACAUCAUCACUCUUGGUAGCCCCCAGCAUUCGAUUCGCUGCAUGACUGCUGUUUCUGGAAAAACAAUUUGGUGUGGAUACAGAAACAAAAUCCACGUUAUCGAUCCUAUUCUAAUGACUCUCGAGUGUACCGUGGAUGCACAUCCGAGGAGGGAGUCUCAAGUGCGUCAGUUAGCUUGGUUGGGGGAGGGGGUCUGGGUCAGUAUUCGGUUGGAUUCUACCUUGAGACUGUAUCAUGCACACACUUAUCAGCAUCUUCAAGAUGUGGACAUCGAGCCGUAUGUUAGCAAGAUGCUGGGAACUGGAAAACUUGGCUUUUCCUUUGUGAGGAUUACAGCACUGUUAAUAUCCUCCAAUAGACUAUGGAUUGGUACUGGGAAUGGAGUCAUCAUAUCUGUACCCUUGUCCGAGAGUGCUGGUGGUUCAUUGGCCGUAUCAAGAGUACAAACAGUUGGUUGUAAAACAGAAGCACCAGGAAUUGGUGUUCGUGUAUUUGCAUCAGAUCGUGGUGUAACCCCAGGCAGCUUCGUGCCCUAUUGCAGUAUGGCCCAUGCUCAAUUAAGCUUCCAUGGACACCGAGAUGCCGUCAAAAUGUUCGUCGCAGUUCCAGGACAUGGAGGACAAAGUGCAGUUUCUGAUGGAACUCAGCCCGCGAUGCUGGUUUUAUCGGGUGGCGAGGGGUACAUUGACUUUAGAGUUGGUGAUGUCGAUGAAACCGAAGAGGGACUGGAACGUUCUAGUGCAGCAGUAGCUAAUCCAGAGGAACACGGGGAGCAAAGUCACCUGAUAGUGUGGCAGGUCCAAUCACCAUUGCCAAUGAACAUGAAUGGCUAACCCACAUGAGGAUUGUAACAGAGAAUGUGUGUAUUUUAAUUUUUAGGGUGCAAUAACUUAAUGAAACGAGAAAAACAUGAAUCAUGGGGAGUGUAGGCAGCGAAUAAUGUCGCUCUCAAUCAGUUUUAUCUUAGAUGUGAUUAUGUUAAUAUUAAAAUCAAUCAUUGAAACGUGUAGCGACAAAGGCAACGAUUUAACCGAUGAUGACGCUUGAUUAUGUCUGAAUGUAAUCGGAGAAAAUUUUCAAUCUUUGAAUAGUAAAUUAUUCAUGAUUUUAGAGACGCUUAUGUAUGAUAUUUCUUUUUAUAUGAAGAAGACGACUGUAAAUGCCAAGUCUUAUUUUUUAGUAUGGAACAAAGGUUUUUAUAAUUUGUCUCUAGCUCCUCAAAUCAUGGAUGAGGAGAAGAGAUAAUUAAAUAAUUAGCUUGAAUAUUAGGGAUUACUGCGCUGAGAGAAACCUGCACGUAGGAUUCUAUUGGAUUCUACGAUUAAUAUAGACUAAUUUGUAAUAAAUAUUGAGGAAUAUAUACAAUAUACAAGAUCGCAUUAUUUAUUUCGAUCAGGAGCUGAGUGAUUUUUUUCCUGCAUCGAUUAUGUCAUUUUUUUAUUUAACUUUGAGAAAGUUUGAUGAUCUAAGAGUUACAAUACGACAGUUUGAGUAAUUUAUGUGAACAAUUGGCUGAAUCUGACGUGUUUACAUUUUCUAGUUUUAGUCGUAAUGAACAAUAACAAUGAAAGAAUCCAGGAGAUAAGCGCAAUGUUAUAGGCUUGUUAACUUAUUUAUUUGUUUUGAAAGAUCAUCUGAAUAUACAUGAUAAGAAGAGUAAAUACUGUCACUGAUAUGAGGACGAAGUAAUUAUGUAAAAUUGUGAGCUUUCUCUUGCUUCGAUUCUCGCCCAAUUGUCCUACCAAAGAUGAGGAAAGAAUUUUCAAAAUGAAUAGAAAUUUGGGUAAUAUGUGAUUAAUAUAAUGCAUACUUAAUGGAAUGGCUCUAGUUAAAAAAGAAAAUCAUCACUUGUGAGAGUUCUUCUCGAUGAGCUCUUCUCUCACUGUUUAUAAUGCAUUAAAUCUGCAGUGAUGGAACGUUUCGAAAAUGUGAGAAUUUGAUUAUUGUACCUGGCUCGAGUGUGGAGCCUCCAUCAUUCUAUAAUAAAAUGGAGUUACGAAAAAAUA